CGUGGCUCAGUCGGCUGAAGUUGAUUUGGUUGGUUGUUUCGAUUCUCGAUUAGUGGAUGUGCUUUUCCUAAAACGUCGGUCAACAUCUAUGAGCACUUGCAUUUAAUGCGGAAGGCGUGGUACCGCGUUAUUAAGUAACUAGGGUAACCAGAAACAAAAUAAACAAAAUUAUAUUGAUCAAACAAACAGAACACGCAGCAGGAGAGAGAUUGUGUGGCUCGCGAAAUAUUUCCGGUUUGAUAUUAAUUUGUAUUCGUAAAUGAAAAGUGAAUACGCAAAUUAAUACUCAAAAUGGCCGGUGUAUUGUUUGCGGACGAUGUGGAAGAAGAAAAGGAUUCAUUAUUCUCUGUAGAUGAUGAACAACAAUUAUUGGGCACUGAUGAAAGUGCAAGAUUAAUCCAAGAAUCAACUGAACCCGUUCCGGACUACACAGACGUAGAAUUAGACCAACUGGUCAGUUUCGUAAAGCGUAUGACAACACUUUACGAUCUACGUCCAACCGAUUGGAAUGAACAAACCGACGACGCUAUAAGGACUUAUUUUCUAGAACCAAGUAAUCAAGUUCUAUGCGUUUACUUUGGCGGGAAUACCCUUGUUGCUGUAAACGGAUUUCCCAACGAGGUCUACGAAGAUCUCACCUAUUUCAUUCGAGAUAAUCACAAAGAAAUCUUUCGCGUUGACAAUUUUCAUGAUAAUAUCACUUUCGGUACUAUUAAUGGAACCGUAGAAGGGACAUUAUUAGAAUUAUUGGAAAAUGUCUACGCACCGAUAUUUUUCAACGCCAAAUCAUGGCCUGAUAGUGUCAAAAGUGACUUUUGUGACCGACUACACAGUUUUCUAUCGAAGUUAACUGAUGUAUACUACAAAAUGUUAGGGUUUACAGUUUUGUACAUCCCUAAAGAAGGAUUAAACCUUACUAUGGAAGAAGCUACGAAGGAUAAAGAACUCGUAAAAAGACUGGAAGGUGUGGUUGUUUACUGGACCAGGCAGAUACGAAUUGUCUUACAGGAUCAUGACCAAAGAAAAAAUGAAGUUGAUUUGACUCCUAUUGAUGAGCUAGAACUAUGGAUAUAUAGAUAUCAAAAUUUAUCUGGUGUAAGUCAACAACUUACUAACAAAUACCUAAAGAAGACAUGUGAUACUUUAAACGCAGUACAAUCAUUGUACGUCAAACAAUUUUUGACUGUGGUUGAUGAUAUUGACGGAAAAAUGGAGGAAGCUAAAUCCAACAUUGAAUAUCUUCAAAUUUUACGACCAUCUUGUGAAGAUCUCAAUAAAUGCACAAAUGCUUUACAGAUACCUGAAAAACUACCGAGAAUCUUCUCACAAAUUCGAUAUAUAUGGCUACACAGCAAAUUUUUUAAUACUCCUUCACGUAUUAUCAUAUUACUACGAGCGUUGACUACGCAAGUCAUAUUAAAAUGCACCGAAUUUAUUGAUUUGAACUUGGUUUUCAAACAGAAAUCAACUAAAGCUGCGAUUCAGUUAUUUAACACUUCAUUAGAGUGUUGUAAUCGGUAUAUUACUAUUUACGAAAUGAUAUGCAGUGCUCAUACAAGAUUAACAGAUGUCCCCUGGGAAUUAGACCGUCAACCAAUUCUAAGCCAUCUCGAUUCAUUCAUGCAAAGAUUAAAGGAUAUGAUUGAAAUUUGCGGGACAAUGAUAACUUUUGCUCGCUAUGAUGAAACUGAAGACAUUCCAAAACCGAAAUUUACUGGAACAAGAGCCUUUGAGUUUGAAAAUUGGUGUGAAAAAAUAGAAGACAUGUUCGUUGAAGCACUCGACACUAUUGGCGAAGUAAAAGAUGUUAUUCUCGCCGUGCAAUCAGCACAAUGGUACGAUGAAAUCCUAGUGUUUCGUAGUAAAAUGAAAGAUAUCGAAAUAGUUAUCGAGAAUUUAGUCAACAGUGUAUUCGAACAGAUUCCCACUGUUGAUGAAGGUGUACAGGCUUUAGCAGCUUUUUAUAAUUAUGCGCAACGUCCAUCACUACGACCAUUAUUUGAAAGAAAAACAAUGUAUGUUUAUAAUUUAUUUAAAGCAGAGAUACAAGAUACUAAAGCUGAUUUAAUUGCUGAGAAGGAAGAAUAUCCUCUGAAUAUGCCAUAUUAUGCAGGAAGAGCAAUAAUGGCAAAUUUAAAAGGCAAUCGUUUGGAAGUUUUGAGAAAUGUUUUGAAAAAUGCGCAUUGGAUGAUACCUUGCAGUAUAGCCGAUGAAGUUUUUCAACAAUAUGAUAAACUAAUGGCUGGUAUUCAUGAGUUUAUCUUGAGUUGUUAUAGAAAAUUUGUUGAGUCGAUUGAUGACGAUGUUCAAGGAAAAUUAGAAAGACCAUUGAUGGCUCGCAGUACAGUUAAACCUGGCCUAUUGGAAUGCAACUUAGAUCCAUCUUUGCUGAGCAUGUAUCAUGAAGUAAGAUACUUUCACCUCUUAAAAUAUGAAACCCCAUCGAUUUGCUCCCAAGUCUUCAAUAAAUUCUCAACCAUUCACUUUGUUUUUGAAAAUGUGAUCCAAGUCGUCAAAGAUUACAAUAAACUGCUAGCUUCUUUAUCUGAAGACGAGCGAGUUCUGUUCAAGCAACUUAUAACUAACGUAGAGAAGAAAAUAGCACCAGGUUUAUCAAAGUUGACUUGGAUCAAUGAAAUCGUCGAUUCGUACAUAGCAGAAUGCUCUGCAUGCACUGCAGAUCUUCAAGAUUUCGUAGAUGAUUACAAAACAUGUAAUCUUGAAAUUGUUGCAAUUUGUGAGAAGAUUUGCGAUACUUCUGUGGUACAAAUUCAAACAAAUUAUUUAUAUACACUCGAUGAAUUAAGAGUGCAUAUGUCGACGUAUUUGGAACAAUCUGUUGAUCAGUUCUUAGAUUAUAUCAGACAAAUAUUAAAUUAUUUGAUUAUAGUCUAUGAAGGUUUUGAGCAACAUAUUCAAAACAUGUCCGAUCAAUGGAUCAAAUACAUAAUGCGUUUUGAUAUUCUGUUAGAAGAAUCUUUGAAGAUCAGUGUAAGGAAUUCAAUGGAACAUAUUUAUGAGAGUUUGCAUGGAGAUGGAAUUAUCGGACCUAAUGCUGUCUUACAAUUGAAUGCAUUAUUAAAAAAUAAUAGGAUUGUGUUUGAUCCUUCAAUCACAAUGGUUGCAAAUCAUAUGGCUAAUGUUUUAUAUGAGAUAACAACGGAAAUGCAAGCUGUACCAAGGAUCUGUGAAAAAUUUCACAUCGAAGGUCCUGGCAUCCAAGCAUUUCACCUGCUUUUAGCUACCGAGUCAGAAUGUGUCAAUUUGCAAGUGUGGAUUAAUAAUGAGGUGAAAGUAAAUAUUGCAAAGAUACAAGAAUAUAUUAAAAUGUGGGAUCCAUUCCGUGAUCUUUUCGAAGUCGAUAAAGAUAAAUUUAUCGAACGAUACGAAGCAAAUAAUCCAGACGCGACCGAUUUCGAUGCGAAUAUCGCUCGCUAUACAGAAAUGGCAAACAACUGCCAAGUGAUUGAAAAUAUCACAAACGUCUACUUUAUUUUAAUUGAUUGCUCUGCUCUUAAAAAGGCUAUAAUUGAGCAUUGUUUCGAAUGGCAACUAAAGUUUACUACAUUGUUAUACAACAAAACAACGACUAUGAUUUUACAUGUUUACGAUUAUUGUGCUUACCACUCAGAAAAAAUUGCUUAUGUACCGCAAAAUUUAAGCGAAAUGUCAUAUGCAAUUGAUUAUUACAACCGCUUAAUUGAAGAAGUGCCCAUAGAAUCGGGCAAAUUUCAACCUAUUUAUGACCAAUCCGAUAUAUUAGAUAAAUAUGGAACAGAAUUAGAUCCGGAAGUUAAAAAACAAAUGAGAAAUAUUCAAACCGAAUGGGAUUUGUAUAUCAGCGCUUUGGAGGAGGCUGAUAAGAUGAUACAAUUUACUAAGAAUAGUUUCCGAAAUAACCUGCUUGAAGAUGCAGAAGAUAUUAAGCGAGACGCUCAAGAUUUGUUGGAUACUUUCAUGACCCAGGGACCUUUUAGUUCGGAUGUAAAGUGCGCUGAUGCAUUGCAAUAUCUUGCAAAUACUCGAAAACAAAUUGCCGCGAUUCGAAAAAGAGAAUCACAAUGUAAAGCUAAUUUGGGAAUAUUUGAUUUGAGCUUGAUUGAAUCACUAGAUCUCAUUGCUUUAGAAAAGGAAUUAGCUGUGUGCGAAAUUGUAUGGCAACUUACAGAAGAAUGGGAAAAAGCGUGGAAUAAUUAUAAAAGUGGUGAAUUUUGGAAUAUACGCACUGAAGAUAUGGAAGAUUUAGCACAGACUUUAUUCAGAAAGUUAACUAAACUCGCUCGAGAGCUUAAAGAAAAGAAUUGGUCAAUAGUGGAAUAUACGAGAAGUCGUGUAGAUGCUUUCAGGCGAACUCUACCCCUUAUUGCUGAUUUGAAGAACUCGGCGAUGAGGUCAAGACAUUGGGAUAGAGUACGUGAUGCUAUGAAAGAAGAUUUUGACCAAAAUUCACCCUCAUUCAACUUGGAAGCGAUUAUUUCUAUGAAAAUGAUUGACUAUGCUGAACAAAUCAACGAAAUAUCUAACGCCGCAACUAUGGAAUUACAAAUUGAGAAAGGUCUCAAAGCAAUUGCGGAAACUUGGAAGUUUGUCAUUGUUGAAAUGGCACCGUAUAAAAAUUUCUAUCGUAUAAAAUCUGUAGAUGAUUGUUUUCAAAUGUUGGAAGAUAACAUGCUUCAAUUGUCAACAAUGAAAAGUACUCGUUUUGUUGAACCAUUUGCAAAAGAAGUGGAUACUUGGGAACGAGCAUUGAGCUAUAUUAUGGAGUGUUUGGAGACUGGCCUUAAUGUUCAAAGACAAUGGUUUUAUCUAGAGAAUAUUUUUGGUGGUGAAGAUAUUCGUAGACAACUUCCAAAAGAAACUAAAGAGUUUGAUGCUCUUACAAAUGAAUGGAAAGAAAUAUCAAUAAGAAUUGCAAAUGCAAAAAAUGCAUUGAAAGCAGUCAAUUAUUUGCCGGUACCACAAUUGCUCACGAAAUUUAAUAAAAUGAAUGAUAAACUGGAAUCAAUCCAACGAUCACUGGAAGCAUAUCUAGAAAAGAAGCGUCAUAUUUUUCCAAGAUUCUAUUUUAUAUCCAAUGAUGAUAUGUUGGAGAUUUUGGGAAAUGCUAAAAAACCUGAAGUUGUACAACCACAUUUUAGAAAGUUAUUUGAUAACUUGGUCAAACUAAAACUACAAAAAAAUCCUGUUACUACUAAAACGGAAGCCCUUGGUAUGUAUUCCGACGAUGGUGAGUAUAUGGAAUUCCCAAAGUUGUUGAUUCUUGAAGGGCAAGUAGAAUCUUGGCUUAAUGAUAUUGAAAGCAGUAUGAGAUCAACAUUGAAAACCGAAUUCAAACCAUGUCGAGCAACGUUAAAGAAAAUGUUGAAUAAACGUGAUAAAUGGUUGUUGACCUAUUGUGGGCAGUUGUGCAACGCUUGCAGUCAAAUGCAAUGGACUACAGAUUGUACACGUGCUUUGGUCCACUGUAAACUAACAGAAAGCAAAAAACCUUUAAAGCGUUUACGAAAGAAGCAAAACCGAAUUUUGCUCAAACUCUCCGAGUUAAGCCGAAGAGAACUUCCAAUUUUGCAAAGACUUAAAGCAAAUUCAUUGAUUACAAUUGAAAUACAUGCAAGAGAUGUGAUUGAUCGCAUGUACAAAGCCAAUUGUAUGGAUACCGGUGCUUUUGAGUGGUUUUCCCAACUGCGCUUCUAUUGGGACCGUGAAAUUGAUGAUUGCAUCAUCCGUCAAACCAACACUCACUUUCUCUACGGAUAUGAAUACAAUGGAAACUCUGGCCGUCUUGUAAUCACUCCAUUAACGGAUCGUUGCUAUAUUACUCUCACAACUGCUCUUCACCUCUUUCGGGGAGGAUCACCCAAAGGUCCUGCUGGUACCGGCAAAACCGAAACCGUGAAAGAUCUCGGCAAAGCCAUGGGAAUGUGGGUUAUCGUAAAUAAUUGCUCUGAAGGUCUAGAUUACAAAAGUAUGGGUAAAGGAUUUUCGGGUCUUGCCCAAACUGGUGCCUGGGGAUGUUUUGACGAGUUCAAUCGUAUUAACAUUGAAGUGUUAUCUGUAGUAGCACAACAGAUUAUGUGUAUAUUGGCAGCGGUCUCGCAAAAACUAACAUCGUUUGUUUUCGAGGGAAUUGAAAUUAAUUUGAAACUAACUGUCGGUAUUUUUAUUACCAUGAAUCCCGGUUAUGCAGGAAGAACGGAAUUACCUGAUAAUUUAAAGUCUAUGUUUAGACCAAUUUCAAUGAUGGUGCCGGAUACUGCAAUUAUUGCUGAGAAUACCCUGUUCAGUGAUGGUUUUCAAAACGCAAGAAUAUUAGCGAAAAAAGUGUUUACUUUAUAUCAAUUAUCUACAAGACAGCUAAGUAAACAAGAUCACUACGAUUUUGGUCUACGGUCAAUGGUAGCCCUUUUAAGAUAUGCCGGUAGAAAACGGAGACAAUUCCCAAAUGUCCCUGAAGAUCAAAUUGUUUAUCUUGCAAUGAAAGAUAUGAAUAUAGCAAGAUUUACCUCUGACGAUCUUCCUUUAUUUAAUGGUAUCAUGAGUGAUAUCUUCCCUGGCGUAUCAUUGCCCACUGUAGAAUAUGAAGAUAUGACCACUGCUAUUAAAAAAGAGUUUGCGCUUGCUGGUUUACAACCGAUUGAAAGCGCUAUUACAAAAGUUAUACAACUUUACGAAACUAAAAACUCUAGACACUCAGUAAUGAUUCUUGGGAGAUCUGGCACAGCUAAAACAGCCACAUGGAAGGGUCUAAGAGAUUCAAUGACCAGAUUGAAGAAGGAAGGUAAAGCUGGAUGGAAUGCAGUAGUGGAAUACCCUAUCAAUCCAAAAGCCUUAAAUUUGGCGGAACUCUAUGGUGAAUAUAAUCUCAGUACAGGAGAAUGGACUGAUGGUGUGAUCAGUGCGACAAUGAGAGCUACUUGUGCUGAUGAAAACCCUGAUGAGAAAUGGAUAUUAUUUGAUGGUCCAGUAGAUGCCGUAUGGAUUGAAAACAUGAACAGUGUAAUGGACGACAAUAAAAUCCUAACACUCAUCAAUAGUGAUCGAAUUACGAUGCCUGCGCAAGUAUCUUUAUUAUUUGAAGUUGGUGAUUUGACUGUGGCUUCUCCUGCGACUGUAAGUCGAUGUGGUAUGGUUUACAAUGAUUAUAAAGAUUGGGGAUGGCAACCAUUUGUUGCGUCAUGGAUUCAAAGAGUUGAAUAUCGCGGUGCUGAUUAUCAAGCAAUUAUGAAACAAUAUUUCAAUUACUACCUCCAACCACUUUUGGACUACAAACGGCUCCAUUGUGAAGAAACAGUUGCUUGCACCGAAUUAAAUUUAAUUGCGUCCAUGUGUAGACUUCUGGAUUUAUUUGCAACCAAAGAAAAUGGUAUUGAUACUAUCAUGGAGGAUCAGUUUGAAGAUAUGAGCAAAAUUUGGUUUCUUUUUUGUUUGAUAUGGUCUGUUUGUGCUACUGUUGAUGAUGUUGGACGUAAAAAAUUAGACACUUACAUUCGAGAACGUGAAGGUGUCUUCCCUUUAAAAGAUACCAUCUAUGAAUAUUAUGUAGAUGUCAAAAAUAAGUCUUUCAUGUCCUGGGAAGAAAAAUUAAAUCUUGGAUGGCGAUAUGAAGACAAAAUACCAUUUUAUAAGAUUACAGUUCCUACAGUUGACACAGUCAGAUAUGAAUUUAUUCUGAGUCAUCUUCUUGCAAAAGGACACCCUGUAUUACUGGCAGGACCUGUAGGUACUGGGAAAACCUCAACAGCAUAUUCUGUACUCAGUAGUGUCAGUAAAGAAAAGUAUGUUAUCUUAAAUAUAAAUAUGUCUGCACAAACUUCUUCAAUGAAUGUCCAAGAAGCAAUCGAAGGACGUAUAGAAAAACGCACCAAGAAUUCAUAUGCUCCACCAGCUGGUAAAUUCAUGAUUACCUUCUUAGACGAUUUAAAUAUGCCAGCUAAAGAAAUGUAUGGAUCACAACCACCUCUGGAAUUAUUAAGACAGUGGGUAGACUAUGGUUUCUGGUAUGACAGGCAAAAACAAUGGAGGAAAUAUAUUCAGAAUAUGUUUAUAAUGGCUGCUAUGGGUCCACCUGGUGGUGGUCGUAAUGUAAUCUCGGAACGCUUCCAAAGUAAAUUUAAUUUAAUAAACAUGCCGUUCCCAGCUGAAACCACAAUAUGCCAAAUUUUUGGUACCAUGAUCAUGCAACACCUUGGCGAUUUCUAUGAUGAUGUUAAAGGUAUUGCAAGAACUAUCACCGAGGCUACAAUUGACCUAUACUUCAAUGUUAUCGCAAAAAUGUUACCGACGCCAACAAAGACUCAUUAUUUAUUCAAUCUAAGAGAUAUCUCACGAGUAUUUCAAGGAAUGUUGCGUGCACAUAAAGAUAUUGCAAACAGUAAAUAUUUUAUAUUGAAACUAUGGAUCCAUGAGUGUUUCCGGGUGUAUUCUGAUCGUCUUAUUGAUGAAAAAGAUCGUGAAUGGUUUAAAGAACAAAUAAACGAACAACUCGGCCGGUAUUUCGAAAUGACUCUACAUUCAAUCUGCCCGAAUAAAGAGGUACCACCAUUUGGUGAUUUCAUGCAUCCAUUUGGCCUCUACGAAGAUUUUAAUGAUAUGAACGUGUUGAGAACUCACAUAAUGGGCCAAAUGGAAGAGUACAAUGCAUCCCCGGGUGUAGUCCGCAUGGAUUUAGUACUUUUCGAAGAUGCUAUCAAUCAUAUCUGCCGUAUAGUGCGGGUAGUAUCACAACCUCGCGGAAAUAUGUUACUAAUCGGCAUUGGAGGUAGUGGAAGGCAAUCAGUAUCACGAAUAGGUGCUUACAUAGCUGAAUUAAACACGUUUCAAAUCAGUGUUACAAGAUCAUACAAAGUGUAUGAAUUUAAAGAAGACUUAAAGAAACUUAACCAGUUAACUGGCAUAGAAGGUAAAGGUACAUCAUUCCUUUUUAAUGAUACACAAGUAAUGGAUGAGAGUUUCCUGGAAAUUAUCAACAAUAUGUUGAGUAGUGGAGAAGUAGCGAAUUUAUAUAAACCAGAUGAGUUUGAAGAUGUUAAGACAAAACUAUACAAUGCUUUAGUGAAGUAUAACAUUACACAAACAAACGAAGAAAUUUAUUUAUUCUUCAUCAGUCGAAUAAGAAGUAAUCUCCAUAUUAUACUUUGUAUGAGUCCGAUUGGUGAAGCUUUCCGUAAUCGCCUGCGUCAAUACCCUGCUCUUGUUAAUAGUACAACAAUAGAUUGGUUUAUGGACUGGCCAAAAACAGCCUUACUGGAGGUAGCCAACAAGUAUAUCGCUGAUGUAAACUUUGUUGAGACUAUCACUGGAGAAGAUACCGUUCAUACUCGAGAAUCGCUUGUUAUGUCAAGUCAAGAAAGACUCCGUAAUGCCGUUGCAGGUAUUUUUGCAACAGUCCAUAGUAACGUAGCUUUCUAUGCGAAAAAAAUGAGUGAAGAACUAAAACGUCAUAGUUAUGUAACACCGGUGAAUUAUAUUGAAUUAGUAGGAGGAUACAAAAGAAUGUUGGAUGAUAAACGAUUGGAAACUUCUUCACAAGCGAAUAAACUACGCAGUGGUUUAUGGAAAAUUGAAGAUUGUCGUUCCAAAGUUGAGACUAUGUCUGUUGAACUAGCUGAAGCACAAGUAAAAGUUCAAGAGUUCCAAGCGGAGUGUGAUGAAUACAUGGUGAAGAUUGCAUCACAACAGAAAGAUGCCGAUGAGCAAGCGAAACAAGUCCAUGCGACCAGUCUUAAAAUUGGCGAAGAAGAAGUUGUUUGUAAGAAAUUAGCAGAUUUAGCUCAGGCUGAUUUGGAUGAAGCUAUGCCUGCCUUAAAUGAAGCUGUUAAAGCAUUAGACGCCUUGAAUAAGAAAGAUAUUAGUGAAAUGAAAUCAUAUUCUAAACCACCUCAAAAAGUUGAGAUGGUAAUGGAAGCAGUAAUGAUUCUCAAACAAGUAGAUCCUACUUGGACUGAAGCUAAGAAACAACUUGGUGAACAAAGAUUUUUAGACGACCUACGAGACUUUGAUAAAAAUCACAUUAGUGAGAAAACUUUGAAGAAAAUAGCAAAUUAUACAGGAAAUGAAGAAUUUGUUCCGGAAAAAAUUGGUACUGUGUCCCUAGCUGCUAAGUCCUUAUGCAUGUGGGUAAUUGCAAUAGAAAAAUAUGCAAAAGUAUGGAAAUAUGUUGCCCCAAAACAAGCUAAGUUAGACGAUGCUCUGGCUUCUUUAGAAGAAAAGCAAAAGAUGCUCGCGGCCGCGAAGGCUAAACUAGAAGAAUUAAAUCAAAUGCUGACAAGACUCCAAGCGGAAUAUGAAGAAAAACUAGCUCAGAAAGAAGAAUUAAAUCGACGUGCCGAUCAGUUACGUAUUCAACUAGAACGUGCUUCCUUACUAGUUGAGAAUUUAGCCGGAGAGAAAAUUCGUUGGGAAAACACCGUUUCUACCUUAGAUGUAUUCUUCAGUUCCCUACCUGGUGAUUGUCUAUUAGCAACUGCUUUUAUUUCCUAUCUAGGACCUUUUGUCUCCGAAUACAGAGAAUUGAUGAUUAACAAUUGGUUAGAUCAAGUUAUUCUAAAUGAGGUACCUGCUUCAGAAGAUUUUAAUUUUAUCCGGUUCCUUGCUGAUCCAACAACGAUCCGAGAAUGGAACAUUCAAGGAUUACCAUCAGAUGAAUUCAGCACCGAAAAUGGUAUUAUUAUUACCAGGGGAGCUCGUUGGCCAUUAGUAAUAGAUCCUCAGUGUCAAGCUCAAAAAUGGAUCAAAGCAAUGGAGGAAGAAAGAGAUCUCAAGGUUAUAGAUUUUGGUAUGCCUGACUUUAUGAAAGUGGUUGAGAAUGCGGUAUUAUUUGGUCUACCAGUGUUAUUACAAAAUAUAGCGGAAAGUAUGGAUCCAUCUCUAAAUCCGAUCUUAGACAAAGCUGUAGUGAAGCAAGGUGGUAUGGAUUUGAUCAAACUAGAUGAUAAAAUGGUGUCUUACGAUUGGAACUUUAGAUUUUUCAUUUCUACAAAAUUGAAUAAUCCUCAUUAUCCACCUGAAAUAUCAACUAAAACUACUUUGGUUAAUUUUGCAAUCAAACAACAAGGUUUGGAAGCUCAAUUACUGGGAAUAAUUGUACGAAAAGAAAGACCACAAUUAGAAGAACAAAAAGACGACAUGGUUACUACCAUAGCCAAAGGAAAAAGAACCCUAGUUGAUUUAGAAAAUGAAUUAUUACGUUUACUGAAUGAAGCUAGAGGAUCUCUGCUUGAAGACGCCGAAUUAUUCAAUACUCUGCAAAUUUCUAAACAAACUUCAAUUGCUGUUCAAAAAAGUUUAGAAAUAUCUGAAACUACCGAGAUUGAGAUUGAUCAAGCACGUGAAGGAUAUCGUGCUUGUGCAGAACGUGCAUCCAUUUUAUUCUUUGUGUUAAAUGACAUGGGUCGUAUUGAUCCUAUGUAUCAAUUUGCUCUGGACUCUUAUAUCUACCUCUUUACUCAAAGUAUUGAACGAAGUCCAAAAUCUCAAAGUCUUGCUGAACGUAUAGACAUUCUCAAUGAUUAUCACACCUACGCUGUUUAUAAAAACACUUGCCGAGCAAUAUUUGAACAACACAAACUCCUCUUCAGUUUUCACAUGUGUAUGAAAAUUUUGGAAGCUCAAGGAAAAGUGGUACCAGCUGAAUAUAACUUUCUGCUACGAGGUGGUGUUGUUCUAGAUAGAACAAAUCAAAUAGAAAAUCCUUGCUCCUGGUUAAACGAUGUCUGCUGGGAUAAUAUCAGUGAAUUGGAUAAAAUCACAGGUUUCCAUGGUGUGGCAGCGACUUUUGAACAAUAUCCGAAAGAUUGGUAUCAGUGGUAUAUUCACACCGAACCUGAGACACAAACUUUGAUUGGUGAAUGGGAGGAAAUAUGCAGUGAAUUUCAAAAGAUGCUUUUUGUAAGAUCGUUAAGACAAGAUAGAAUAUCUUUCUGUGUAUCUGCGUUUAUUGUGAACCAACUUGGACCGCGAUUUGUUGAACCACCAGUUCUGGAUAUAAAAGCUGUGUUGAAUGAAUCAAUACCACAAACACCAUUGAUUUUUGUUCUUUCUCCUGGGGUUGACCCUACUAACUCUUUGGUGCAGUUAGCGGAAACUGCAAAAAUGAGUGCAAAGUUUCAUGCGUUGAGUUUGGGCCAGGGACAAGCUCCUAUAGCAACAAAGUUGUUAAGUGUUGGUGCUAGUGCAGGUCAUUGGAUCUUCCUAGCAAACUGUCAUUUAUCUCUAAGUUGGAUGCCCAAACUGGAUAAAAUAGUAGAAACACUUCAAACUGGUAAAGUAAACCCCAAAUUCCGACUUUGGUUAAGUUCAAGCCCACAUCCGGAGUUUCCUAUUUCCAUUUUACAAACUGGUAUCAAAAUGACUACAGAACCCCCACGAGGUAUUAAAGCAAAUCUUAAACGUUUGUAUCAACUAAUAACAGAAGAACAAUUCAACACAUGUCAAGCAAAAGAAAAGUAUAAAAAGCUCCUCUUUUCCUUAUGCUUCUUCCACGCUGUUCUGAUUGAACGUAAAAAGUUUCAACAACUUGGUUGGAACGUCGUCUAUAGCUUCAACGACGCUGAUUUUGAAGUCUCAGAAAACUUACUAACAAUCUACCUGGAUGAAUACCAACAAACUCCGUGGGAUGCACUGAAAUAUCUAAUUGCGGGUGUUAACUAUGGGGGUCAUGUAACUGACGAUUGGGAUCGACGUCUUUUAGUCACAUACAUCAAUCAUUACUUUUGUGAUGAAACCAUAUCAUCAGCUCUUUAUAGAUUAAGUUCUUUGGGAACUUACUAUAUACCACGUGAUGGUUCUCUUCAAUCCUACCAAGACUAUAUAAUGUUAUUGCCAAAUGUAGACAGACCAGAAGCUUUUGGCCAACAUCCAAACGCGGAUAUUACUUCAUUAAUAUCAGAAUCACGUAUGAUGUUUGAAACUUUAAUGUCCCUCCAAGUUCAAUCCGCGGGUAGUGAAGAAGAAAGUAAAGAAGAGAAAGUAAUGCAAUUAGCAACUGAGGUUUUGAUAAAAAUCCCAGAUGCGAUUGAUUAUGAAACUACAGAUAAACUGAUUGGAGCUGUCAAAACACCUCUGGAUGUGGUGUUAUUACAAGAAAUUUCUAGAUAUAACAAACUUUUGAUUGCAAUGAAAAUCUCUUUAGAAGAAUUACAAAAGGGAAUUAAAGGUUUAGUGGUAAUGUCUGCGGAAUUAGAAGAAAUCUUUACAUGCUUCUUUGAGGGAAGAGUACCAUCAAGUUGGCAAAAUGCUUACAGUUCUCUAAAACUUUUGGGAUCAUGGACGCGUGAUUUGAUCCAGCGUGUUGAACAUUUCUCCAAAUGGGCAGAAACCACUCAUGCGCCAUUGCACUUCUGGUUAAGUGCAUUUACAUUCCCAACUGGUUUCCUCACAGCUGUAUUACAAACAGCAGCUCGUCUUCUAGAAGUCCCAAUUGAUACUCUAGGCUGGGAAUUUGUCGUCAGUACAGUUGACGACGUUUUAGUACAAAUGAAACCUGAAUCAGGCGUAUACUGCCGUGGAAUCUAUCUAGAAGGUGCCGGAUGGGAUCGGAAAAACGCCUGUCUCAUUGAACCACAACCCAUGCAACUAGUAACCCCAUUGCCAAUAAUUAAUUUUAAACCAGUGGAGCAAUUAAAGAAGAAAACACGUGGUUUUUACGAAGCACCUUGUUAUUACUUUCCGAUUCGUGCUGGUACCCAAGGUAAACCAGCGUUUAUCGUCGCUGUGGACCUUAAAUCUGGCGUGGAAGGCGCUGACUUCUGGGUUAAACGGGGUACCGCAUUAUUACUCAGUUUAGCUAACUAGAGUAGUUGUAUAAGAAGCACAUUUUUGUAUAUUUAUAUUUUCAACAACCAUUUGAUGACCUUUUCUGAUAUAAUACUAAUGUAAAAUGAAUCACUUUCUGCUACGAAUCAAUACUAGAUUCGAAAGUGAAGAUAAACAAUUCAAUACCAGCGUGGGCAAUAUACAAAAAUAAUUAUUUCAUUCUCUUCGAUAAUUCAAACGUCACUUUCUUGAUAUUCAAUAAUUAACCAUGUUUAACCGUAUUGAGGUCAUUAUAUAUUACAACAUGUGUUUAGUGUUAUAACACCCUUAAAUGUAACCUUAAUUUGUAAUUAAUCACAUUUUGACCUGUAAUUGAUUAGUUAUGGUCUCCAACUAUGAGUUUUAGUUGCCAAUAAACUCAUUUCUUUCUCA